AAAACGUUUGCUUGUGUAUACCGUUUAAUAGUUUACUGCAUAGUUUCAAUGCAGGGUGUGUUCACAUAGAGAUUUAAUCCAGUUUAACUUUAAUCUUGUGUCAUAUAAUAGUGUGUAGUAAUCAAUAUCUUUAAUUUAGCUAUAGAGUUUUUACAUGCUUACAUGCUGAAACAUGUGUUCAAUAUUUGUUUGUUUGUUUAUUAUCAUUACAGAUUGUUAUCUGAAGGUUUUACCGAAGAUAUGAAAGUGAAGUUACGAGUUGCUGAAAAAAACAGAAGUUUGUUUGACUUUAGCAAAUUGUUUCCAGUGUUAAUUUUCAUCGGUGUGCCUUGUGAAUGACAACAGUUGGAUUUUAUUGUUAGACGAAACUACUUCAUAUAAAAUAAAGAUUUAUGAAGGCAGCCAGAGAAGAAGUCGAACAGCACUCCAAAUUAUUUGAUCUUUCUGCGCCCUACUAAAUGUCCAAUCACUUUUGUCAAGUUAAUAUACCAACAAAUAUAUCAGCAAAUAGGCAGCCAAAACGUUAUCGACAAAAGUAUUAUCCGAUUGAAUAUAAUGAAUUGGUUCCUAUUUGCCAUGCAUGCCUUCCCUCAAAACGUGUAGCUCCUGUUCAAACUAUUGCUCAACCAAAGAGAUACUACAAACCCCAAACUCUAUCGGCACAAACACUUGUCAGUCGUUGUGCGCAACAGUGUGUGCAAUGUGAGACUACGAAAUGUUAUGUAGGUCCAUGCUAGUCUGCAGGCACAAACCCUGGUCAGUCGUAAAAGUGAGUCUGUACUAUAAGACUACCAUAGGCCAUGUACUGUAGCUGCUCCUAAUUAGGUAGCUGGGCUAGGCUUAUCUCAAGGCACAAUAAUUUUGUUGUUAAAGUGUCAAAUUAGGGUCUGUGCUUGCAGACUAGGUCCAUGCAGAAACUGAUAGAUCGAGAAGCUUUAGGAAGUGUGGUAACGUCUCGGAUUACAGUCUGUCCUUGUUGUUUACUAGCUCCGCAUAUCAUGCCCACGAAAAGACAAUGACAAUUUAUCUACUCGCCUGUAGAACCAAAGAUAUCCUCCUUGGUAGAACAUAAACAGAUGACAACUAGAGGCCAGACAUCAUCAAUUUCUUCCACGAGUGACGACGAUGGCGACGUCGUGGUUGCAGCAACACUGGGGCUGGGUGGUCACCGGUGCGACCUGCAUCGCCUUCUUCUUCAGCUAUGGUUUCAUUCUCUCUUUCAGUAUCCUCUUCGUCACGUUCCAACGAGAGUUCAGAAGCAGCGCAACUGCGACGGCCUGGGUCGGAUCUCUUCCAUUCGGCCUUUCCGCCAUCGUCGCACCGGUGGUCAACCUCCUCAUCGAACGAAUCGGCUACCGGGCGGUGGUCAUCAUCGGGAUAUUAAUGAUCUCGCUCGGGCUAAUCUUGACUUCCUUCAUGCAAAGCCUUGCUCCGAUGUUCUUCACCUACAGUAUCCUCUUUGGUUUCGGAACGGGAUGCAUACUGAUGGGGUCUUUGAACCUUAUCCUCAAGUACUUCCCACAUAAGAACGCAACUGGCGGAGUCGUGCUGCCCAUGGCAUCUUCUAAUCUAGGAAUGUUGUCCAUUGGACAAUUCACGUUCUAUUUUGAGAAUAAAUUCGGCUGGAGGAACACCUUGAGGGUCAGUGCCGGUAUGAUUAUCGGAAUCGCUCUUCCGGCGGUCGCUUGGGCCCAUCGCGAGCCUACAAGAUCAGCAACACCGGGGGAAAAUAAUGAUAUCGACGAUGACAGUGAUAUGAAGCUCAAAGUUGGCGAUAUAGGGGACAACAGAACCGUCCAAGUUUCCAUCGGUGGAAUCAAAGACGACUCUGCUGUUAUGGAAAAAGUAAAAUCUGAGACUGAAGAAUGUGAUGAAUCCAAAUACGCUGAUUAUGCCGUUUCUACCCCGAACAGUAGAACAUACACAGACAAAUUUGAAUCAGAAAAAGUCGAAGACGACGCGGAUAACGGUGAACAAAGAGGCAAGAUUUUACCAUGCAACGACAACUAUCAAAGACUUACUGAAACAAUGACUAGUCAAUUUAAUAGAAACAUUAGGCAUAGUAUAGACAAAGGGAAGAUAUCGACCACGACGACCAGUAACUUGAAAGCCCACUUUAUUGACGAGAGCAUUGAUGAGCACGCUACUUCGAGUAUGGCAAGGCGUAUGUUGAUUGCCUUGACUUUCCCCGACGUAUGGUGCUUGGCCCUAGCGGUCUUCGGCUACGGUUUAACAAAUUCCUUCUUCAUCAUACAAAUGGUGAGUUACAUGAUGUCUUUGGGCUUUACAGAGGAGAAUGGUGCACAGGCCGUAGUCGCCCUCGGGGUAUCCAUGAUAGUCGGUAAAGUCACAUUGGCCCUUAUAUCGGACUAUAUCCCGUUCCAUCAACUCUACCUCUCCACCUUGGCCAGUGGUCUCGGCAUCACCGUCAUGAUCUGUCUCCUGCAGGCUCCAAGCCUCUUCGUUAUCAUGUGCAUGAUCGCCGUACUUGGUUCGACCGUUUUCAGCAUAUCAGAUGCUCUUCCUUACUUUAGUCCGAAUCUCGUUUUUGGAGUAGCGAAAGGGCGGGAAACUUCAGCUGUCUUGGUCUUCAUGCAUGGACUAGGCAUGAUAAUAGCUUCAGUCCUCGGUGAAAGCUUGGAUCAAACAGGAUCGUACAAUGUAGCGCUAUACAUGUGCAUUGGGACAUACGCCAUCUGCGGCCUUUUGUGCAUCAUGGUACCUGUUUACCAACAAUGCAUGGUUACAGAUCGUUAUGUCAUGAAAUCAUGGAAAGGAUUCAACAGGAAGAAAAGAAGAGAAACUACAUCGAAUCCUGAGAUCCUGGAGGAUCUGUGAUAUAAGGAUUAAAGUAGACAUUGAUUCAAAAGAAACUUGUAUGUCACAUGACAGCUCAUGAUAUUUAUUAUCCAUAAAAUGAGUGAAAUUAGGCCAGGCAGUAACUUGGAUGUACAAUAUUUAUCGUUUGAAUCCAGUGAAGUUGAUGAAAUUCACCCAUGCCUGCUAAUUCACUUUAACAGGCGAGUCGGGCAUAGUAUAUAGAUGGAAAAUACAUCACGAUCAGUGUUGCUGCAGCCAUAUAGUUAGCCUUUAGACAAGGCAUCGUGUCUGACAAUGAUAUCUGACACCGAGCGACUAAAAAGAGACUAAUCACGAAAACCCGAGUGAACGCCAGAGUGGCGCACUUGAUCGCGCGUUCCUCCCGGCUCUCUAGAGGAUAUCUAUUUGUCGCCGGGUGUAAAAAAAGGCUACCAUAUAGUAGGCCUACACACCUUAUUCCAUGCCCAUGGGGGCCUUGUUUUCUUCGUCUCUUAGUUUCGUGGUCUUCCGCCAUGAUGGAGAAUAUACAAAUCAAUUUAGGUGAAUUUUAAUUACUAUUAUUAAUCUGUACAUGAACAGCUGAUCGAACGAACAAGGAAAACCCUUUGCGUGCAUUUAUACGCUCAUUGAUUUAAUAUGGCGACCACAGAUGCAGCGACCAUAUCAUAGAGUGUCCUUACAAAAUGAAAGAUUUAGGUACAAACGGAAAGAAAAACCGAACGCACAGAAGAACCAAAUUGUUUACCCAUUCUAAUCGACCCAACUAUACUAUUAUGCUCAACUAUUGUAGUUUAACUAUUUGAAAUGAAGUUCGCCAAGUUAUGCCAACUUACCACAUUGCGGAAGGAUUUUUUCCCAGAAAGCGCAACUGGAUAUCCGUUGUUCCUUUUGUAUGGACUCAUAUCAUUAGAUGACACCAUACUAGCAACUUCUAUCGUUCUCUUCCGUUCACGCUUCGAUCGCAGUUGGAAACCGGUGGAGAAAAUGAUAUUUUUAGGAGUAAUUUCCGUCUCUAAACAAAUCUAAAAUAGGUAAUGUUUACAACGGAAAAUGUUGUGAAAUAUUUUUCCAGAAUCCUUCACUGACCAAGAUAUGAAACAAACCCUGAGAACUAUGAAAUGUUUGAUUUGAUGUGAUUAUGUUGCUCAGUUUAAUUUAAGCACGAAUGUUAACCGGCAAUAUUACUUGCAUAUUGUGUUAAUCUUCAUUGAUAUCUUUCAUAUGUAUAAUUUCUUUCAUCAGUUUCAUGUAAUAUGCAACAUUAAACUUUCUUUCUUGUUUAGUUUAUCUGUAUUUAAUACAGAGAACAUACCGUGUAAAAUAAUCAAAGCAUGCAACAAACUUAUUCGGCAAAAGUCAUAUAGACUCCAUGGAGUUGGGCACGAGCUUUUGUUUGUUUUCGGGACCAAUCACCAAUCGCCUACGUCAUACUAUUUUUAUGGCGUUUUAUUGGUGUCUUUUUGGCGAGGAAAUGAACGAUGAAAAAUUCAUGUUUUUGGGGUUGCUAAGAGUGAUUAAGUAUUCUAACAAUCUGAAAUAUUUUGUUUUGAAUUCAUGAGGUCAUAAGCUUUCCAUUGAUUUAUAUUUAAAUUUUGGUUGAAGAAAAACAAAACAUGUUAGAACUUGAAAAGUGGUCUUUUUGUUCACCGUAAAUUAUGCAUAAGAAUACGUCCGCUUAUUUAUAUCUGAAGUGUAAGAAAUAUGCAUACAUGUCAUGGCAAUGAUUAUAUUUAUAUGCUUGUAGCGGCUCUUACAUUCGCCCUACUUGUACCGUACAUUCAUGUCUCCAGUAUUCUACCGUGCCUAUCACCUCUUGCAUGGCACGUCAACUUUCUCUGCCGUCUCCAGCAGGCUGGCAGUCUUCCAGUGAAACAGUUUAAAUCAAGACCCGACAUGGCCCCUUGGUUCUCCGCUGGGAGCUGCCAGUAUCUGCCAGCUUGGCUACACUUUGCAAGUGUACGUCAGCCUCAUCAGUACCUAAUAAACUUAACGAAAAGGGAAUACUUUCUUUCAUGUAUUUUAUUAUCAGUGCAACCUUGCUUCCUCGUAGCUAAAAUAAAAAAAUAAGAGUUAUGUUGUGUGACGAGUGAACACGCUUUCAAAUAUCCAUUCACAAUACCUCACACUCAUAUUUCUACAUGCUUAUAUAUAUAUAUAUAUAUAUAUAUAUAUAUAUAUAUAUAUAUACUUAAAUGGUAGUACUAGUUAUGAUAACAUACAAAUAUUGUAAGGGUCUCAGAGGUUUUUAUCGUUUGUUUAUAUAAAUUAAUUUUAGAUGACCAGUUCAUUAACAAUACAAAUCUAACACUUACUUCACCUGCACACACCCACUUGCACACACCCACUUGCACACACUUGCACAAUUUGUCUUAAUUUCUUUCCUCUUUUUAUUCAGAUACUUUCUGAACAAUUUUUUUAUACGUGACACUCUAUUCCCAUUACAUACUCUUAUAACA